AAAGAAACCACAGCGCCCCUCACAGGAAUGGAGGUGCACAUUGCCGCUAAACCAAGCAUCGCCAUAUUGAUGUUCCAACAACGUCGAGAGGGCAUAUGACAGUGGGAAUCCUAGUGAUGACUCUACUGAGCCCGGUGCCCCCUGAUUAGACUGGUUGGAUGUCCUCCUUAACAACUACAACAAUCAGCCUCUACCAAACCAACGUAGCAUCAGCUCUGCAGCGACCCCACCUGUCACCUGCAGCUUGGAGGAAACCUCCAAGGUGAUCCAGAGAACAUCCUGUGUAUAGUAUGUCCGGCUCUGUCCCAAGCCGCUCUCGAGUUUACCCUGAUGUAAACACACAGAGGCCUCGGGAGUACUGGGACUACGAGUCCCAUGUGGUGGAAUGGGGGAACCAAGAUGACUACCAGCUGGUGCGCAAACUAGGACGAGGCAAAUACAGUGAGGUGUUUGAAGCCAUAAAUAUCACCAACAAUGAGAAGGUUGUUGUCAAAAUACUCAAGCCAGUCAAAAAGAAGAAAAUCAAGAGAGAAAUCAAGAUUCUAGAAAACUUGCGAGGCGGUCCCAACAUCAUCUCACUUUUAGAUAUCGUCAAGGAUCCUGUGUCUCGAACUCCCGCGCUGGUUUUUGAGCAUGUCAACAACACUGAUUUCAAGCAACUGUAUCAAACUUUAUCAGACUUCGACAUACGGUUCUACAUGUUUGAAAUCUUGAAGGCCCUUGACUACUGUCACAGUAUGGGGAUCAUGCACAGAGAUGUCAAGCCACACAAUGUGAUGAUUGAUCAUGAACACAGAAAGCUCCGCCUGAUCGACUGGGGCUUGGCAGAGUUCUACCACCCUAACCAGGAGUACAAUGUGAGAGUGGCCUCGCGCUACUUCAAAGGACCUGAGCUGCUGGUAGACUACCAGAUGUAUGACUACAGUUUAGACAUGUGGAGUUUGGGCUGUAUGUUGGCCAGCAUGAUCUUCAGGAAGGAGCCUUUCUUCCAUGGACACGACAACUACGACCAGCUCGUACGGAUUGCUAAAGUCCUCGGCACAGAGGACUUGUAUGACUACAUCGACAAGUACAACAUUGAACUAGACCCACGGUUUAAUGACAUUCUGGGCAGACACUCCCGUAAGAGGUGGGAGAGGUUUGUGCACAGUGAGAACCAGCACCUGGUGAGCACCGAGGCUCUGGACUUCCUGGACAAGCUGCUGCGUUACGACCACAACGCUCGCCUCACGGCCCGGGAGGCCAUGGAACACCCAUACUUCUGUGAGUUUCCCCUCCGCCUCCACUCAGACUUCUAGACAUAGGCCUGCUGCAUAAGACACCU